UGAUAUCCCUUGUCUUGCUCCCUCGUCUGUUCUCUUGUUUGUUUCGAAAGCCUUAUUUCAUCCAUCUUUCUUCGAAUCCUUUCGUACUCCAGCUUUAAGAACAACAACAAACUUCAGCUUAAUCGCGCAGCUCCAUAAAUCUUGGAUUUCUCACAUCGAUGCUUGAGUUUGGUUAUCUGAAAAUGUGGAACUAGCUCUGAGAUUGUUUGCUGUUGUUUGAUCUCAAAUGGACGACGACAGCGGAGAAGAGAGAUAUCCUUUAUCCAAACGUUACAGUGGAAACCAUCGGGAAAGUUACAGUUCUGUACCUUUUCCAAAGGUUCCUCUCCGAGAUGCUCCUUAUUCAAGGCCAGUCAGCAAUCAUUAUGUGGAAGAUGAUGUUGAAGAUGACGAUGAAGAGGAUGAAGGACUGGGGGAGGAAGAUGAUGAGAAUGAUCAGAACAAUGGUUUUGCUCACACAAGCGAUGAAGUGGAUGAUGGUGAUGACGAGGAUGAUUAUGAUAUGGAUGAAGACAACAAGCAGAACAGUACUGUCAAACUAGAUGCUGAUUUGGAAAGACACCCCAAGAAGCGGCGUUUGAAGAGCUUGGCAUCAAGUUAUGAACUUGCUCCUCGUGUUCCAGCUCCAUCAUCUGUUACUCCUGCUCAAAAAUUAUUUGUUGGGGGCAGGAAUUCAUUGAUGGAUUGGAAUGAACAUGAAACAGUUGUUCUGCUAGAUGCGUGGGGCGAACGGUUUCUUCAACACGGGAGGAAAAGUCUCCGUUCUGAGGAAUGGCAAGAGGUUGCUGAGAAGGUGUCCGAGGUCUCUAAGAUUGAGAGGAUGGACACACAAUGCCGAAACCGCCUUGAUACAUUGAAGAAGAAGUAUAAAAAGGAAAAAUCGAAGUCGACAGAAAUAGGUGGUUCUACCAGCAAAUGGGUUUACUUUAAGAAGUUGGACAUGUUAAUGUCUUCACCCCCAAACCAAGGAGGCCUAUCGUGUGGCUUAGACUCGGGGGAGUACGUGUUCAUGAACCCUAGAGCUUAUCUAAACCGUGCAAAUGGGUUCGAUGAGAUGAGAGAUAGCCCCGAAAAUUCGGAAUCUGAUGAUGAUGAGGAUGACGAACUCGAUGGACUUCCGCCGAAGAAAAGGAUGUAUGGGAGGAACCGUUGCGAUGGGACUUCAUUCAGGAUGCUAGCCAUCUCCAUUCACAAGUUCAGUGAGAUUUAUGAGAAAAUAGAGAGUAGCAAAAGACAUCAAAUGAUUGAGUUAGAGAAGAUGAGGAUGGAUUUCUUGAGAGAUUUAGAGUUGCAGAAAAGGCAUAUUAUGGAGAGAGCACAGGCUGAGAUUGCGAAACUUAAGCAGGGCGACAACAACGAUGACGGGGACUGCAGUGCCCCUGCCAAGAGUACCAAUGGAUAAUGUAAUCUAUGUCAUUGAUCAUAUGCUGUUUGUAUAAUAGAUGGGAGGCCCCUUCCCCUAUUGAUUUCUGAUCAGUGCAAUAUAUUCGAUGGAACCUUUCUUACAUGUGACA